AAAGCUCAUAGUUUUAGCCAACAUGAAACUUAGUUGUGUAGUCUUGGUGCUCUUUCUUGUAACUUUAGCAGCUUGUAUCGAUGUAGGCUCAGGAUAUGAUGGUUACAGUGACGGCUAUUACCCAGGCAGUGCGUACAAUUAUCCAUCUGGAAGUCACGGAUAUCACGGUCAUGGAUAUAAGGGAAAGUAUUACGGAAAGGGAAAGAAAUACUAUUACAAAUAUAAGCGCACUGGAAAGUACAAAUAUCUUAAAAAAGCUAGAAAAUACCACAGAAAAGGUUACAAGAAAUAUUAUGGAGGCGGUAGCAGUUAGUCACACGUGUUAAAUAACAUCUAAAUGGAUAUGAAUCUAAAGAUUAUACUGGUAUUGUUGAGAAACUAUUUCAAAUAAGUUCGCCCUUAAUCGACAGAUUGUCAUAUAUAUACAAAUAAAUAUAUAUAUAUCCA